AUGGCUGUCGGUGCCUCAGGUUCUGCUGAAGAUGCAAGCAAUGCAUACUCGCACCUUAUGGAUCCCCGUAGAAAGUGGUACAACAACAGACGUUUAAUGGCGUUGAACGGAUGGAUCGUUCUAUUGUUAAUCACAGCGAGUACCAAUGGGUACGACGGUUCCAUGGUCAACGGCUUGCAAUCUCUUCCUCAAUGGGAAAAGUCGUUUCACAAUCCGACCAAGGGAAAGCUGGGUUUACUCAGUGCUAUCCAGAACAUCGGCUCCCUUGCUGGAUAUCCUUUUGCGCCUUACCUCUCGGAUGGGAUAGGCCGUCGCGCAACUGUGUUUAUCGGGGCAGUCAUCAUGAUACUAGCUACGGUCGUUCAGACAGCUUCUCAGUCUGUGGGGAUGUUCAUCGGCGCUCGUUUCCUCAUCGGGUUCGGUCUCACAUUCGCUUCUAACGCAGCGCCAAUGCUCAUCACCGAGCUUUCGUAUCCGAAGUAUCGCGCACCUCUGACAUCUGUCUACAACUCAUUGUGGCACUCUGGAGCAAUUGUAGCUGCUUGGACGACCUUCGGGACAUUCAAGAUCAAUAGCACAUGGUCAUGGAGGGUUCCUUCCGCACUCCAGGCUCUUCCCUCUGUAAUCCAGAUUUUUCUUAUCUGGUUUGUCCCAGAGUCGCCUCGUUAUUUGGUGAACAAGGGCAGGGAAGCUGAGGCCCUGAAGACUCUGGCGUAUUAUCAUGCCGAUGGGAACGAAGAUGAUCCUCUUGUCCGCUACGAAUUCCAAGAGAUCAAAACUGCUAUCGAGUUUGACAAGACCGUCGCUCAGAACGUUGGCUGGUCCGCCUUCAUUUCUAGCCCAGGAAAUCGGAAACGUGUCCGUAUCAUUGUCGCUAUUGCCUUCUUCUCGCAGUGGUCCGGUAACGGGCUUGUUUCCUAUUACACCAACAAAGUGCUUGAUCAAAUGGGGAUUACCGAUCCGACAACUCAACUUCUUAUAAACGGCAUCCUCUCAAUAUGGAGUCUGAUCUGCGCACUCACCGCAUCUUCGAUGGUCGAUCGUUUCGGUCGCCGCCCUCUCUUUCUCACGUCCAUAUCCCUUAUGACACUUUUCCUCACGCUUCAAACGGUGUGCUUCGGCAGAUUCCGUGUUGCUGGUGACAUCCAUGCGGCGCACGGGGCUUUGGCUUUCAUUUUCUUAUUCUCUGCGGCUUACAACAUUGCCUUUUCUCCCCUUAUUGUCACGUACACCCUGGAGAUCUUGCCUUACAAACUUCGGGCCAAGGGCUUCAACAUCUUCAACUUCACCAUAUCUCUGGCCCUCAUUUUUAACCAAUACGUCAAUCCAAUCGCUUUCGCCGCGAUGAGUUGGAAAUAUUACAUCGUUUACUGCGUCUGGCUCGUCUGUGAAGCGGUUUUCUUAUACUUCUUCCUGAUAGAAACCAAAAACCGUACGUUGGAGGAAACGGCCGCUAUAUUCGAUGGAGAAGUUGCGACAGAAAAACUUGUUGAUGCUGCUACGAAGCAUGCGGGUGUGGUGCAUGAUAUGAUUGAAGAUGAGAAGGCAUCGGAAAGGAAGGCGGAGUCUCUCGAUGCCUGA